AUGGCCCACAAGCUCGAUGGGGACGGCCCGAUAGGUGAGCUAUGCAACUGCUUCGAUCUAUUGGUGGAUGGCGACAAAGGGGUCAUCACCUUCGAUAGCCUCAAGAGGAACUCUGCUCUGUUGGGCCUACAUAACUUGAGAGAUGAAGAUUUGCUUUCCAUGUUAAAGGAAGGCAAUUUCGAUGGUGAUGGUGCCUUUAAUCAGAUGGAUUUUUGCAUCUUGAUGUUUAGAUUGAGCCCUAUGCUCAUGGAAGAGUCCUACCUUUGUUUAGACGAAGCUUCAGAAUAUGAAUUACAGCAUCAGCGUUCAAUAUCUCUUUAG